CUAAUAUUGUUUUCUUUAUUCGUGUCGCCGUUCCGCUGCGAAUGGCCAUAAGAGUGGCAAGUUGACUGGAAUUUUGAUGAAUUGGUGGUGAAUGCUGCCCAUCUACAUUCGACGACGGCAACCUGCGGCUGCUGAUCAAAUUGACGGCAACACAAUGGCAAAAGUCUUGCAGCGUGUUGAAAUUACGCUGCGUAGUUUCUAUAUAUUCAAUUCCAGCUUUUGUCAAAAAGAGGGCGAGGAAGAGAAAAAAGUGCUGUUCUAUCACCCUGUCGACAUUGAGUUAAAUACAAAAAUAAGGGAUGUGGGACUCAGCGAAGCCAUCAUAACAUUUACAGGCACAUUCACCAACGAAGAUGAUUGCAAAGCCUUGCACACACAAAAGACGACACAACUGUUUCAUCAACCAGAGCCCGGCUACUGGCUGGUCAUGGUGCUCAAUGUUCCCAAGGAGUUCCGCCUGAAAGAAGGCAUCGAAGUCGCCGAUUAUCGUGGCGUCGAAGUUUCCGAUCGCAUUUACCAUGCUGUGUUGCGGCAAUGCUACCACAUGUAUCGCUUCCAUUAUGGUCUGCUGCAGACCAAGCUCACAGCCAGCCCGUCAACUGCAGCUAGUGAGGAACAACGUCAGCUUUUGGCUGCUGAGCUGCAGCAGUUCUAUGCGCGUUAUUUGAGCAGCUCCAAGGAGCUGAAGCAAUGUGACAUCAUGGACAUGCUGCACUCCAUUCAGUACCUGGCCUUGGACAAGACGCUCUUCCUGCGUGCCCACAACUUUAACAUGCUGUGUGACACUUUUCCCGUCAUCAAGGAAUGCAUUAUGCUUUAUAACGAACAGGUCGUUUGUGGUGGCAAAUUGAAUGCCAGCGAUUUGUAUAGUUUGCACUCCCACAUCCUGGCAAUGUCGUCGGCCGAUAACAGCAAUGCGGAGAAGUAUCGUCAAGGUGCAUUUGUAUGUGGUGAGGAGGAAACGCCCAUUAAAGUCUAUCUGGAUGUGGACGGCAAUAUUGAGUCACAUUAUUUGCUCGUCUAUCGCGCGUUAAGUCUAACUCUAUGUCUGUUUGUCGAUGCUAAAUUGACGGCGCCGCAACCGGAAUUCUAUGAAGAGCUGAAUAACUAUUUGGGACCACAGCUGAGUUGUUUAUCGCGCGACAUUUCCACUGAAAUUUCCAAGCAGAACGUGUCCACAACGUUGCAUGACAACAACUCCAACGACAGCGCUCCCAAAUAUCUGUUUAUCAACGAACAAAGCUUAAAGCACCAUACAAACAUCUAUCGCAAUGCCAAAUCGAUACCGCGUAAUGUGAUGAGCAUUAUUGCUGACUUGGCUAACCCCAUAAAUGAUACGAAUGCAGCAGGUAAUGCUGCUGCCACGGAGGAGUUGCAGGUGAAGACAACGAAUGAUUAUUGGAUUGUGAAGCGUCGUUGCAAUUGGCGGCAAUAUUAUGUGAUUCUAUGCAAGAGUAAGGCGACAUUGUUAGAUGUGACGCAGGAAGCGAAGCGUAUAUUUGAACAAGAGCUCACAGAUGAUGUAUUUUUUGACAAAUAAACAGCAGUAUCAAAUAAAUAAAGGGCGUUUUCCAAUUGUAAUGCCGCCAGUCGUUGUCGCUGUCUCGAGUAGUCGUUCCAUGUUGACAGAAACGACAACAAGCGGCGCUGGGCUGCGUCGCUUCUUUUCAAGCCAACACUGUGCUGCUGCUCGUGCUGGCGGGAUUUGUUGCGUUGCUGUUGCCUUCGGUGGCAUCGUUAUAAACGCUGGUCGACGAUGAUGAACUGGUUGUUGCUCCAUUGUGGGGCGAUUUACUCGAUUUCACAAUGUAAAUGCGUCGAUUCGACAUACAAAUGCUGUAGCUAUGAUGUUCGUAAUCAAUUGUGAUGCGCUCACAGCUGCUGUUGGGCAUAAAGUUCUCAUCGAUGCUGCAAAACAUGAAACUGAUAAGGCUUCAAAAAGACGCAUGAAAUGCAAUUUUUACCUUUCGGUUAAAUUCAGCAGUCCCAUUAUUACAUUCGCGCUGCGUUCAUCGUUCUUAAGAUCGCCGCCAGAUUCCAGCACGGCUCCAUCAUCCUUGAGUAUCAAGUAACCAAUUUGGUUGGGCACAAUCAGCUUAUCUUUAUCCAUUUUCAAGGCUUACCACUCCCAAAUAAUAAAAACAACUGCAAUUGUUUUUCUUUCUCAGCUGCUCAAUAUUUGCCAUUCAACCGUGAGCGCGGACACAGUUCCAACAACAUUAUUUUAACCGGCUGUUGAAUUAAUUUUAUAGCUGUUAGCAGUACUUUUUGAUUUUAUGCAAAAUUUGUUAAUAAUAUCAUUGAAAUUAUUAUAAUAAGUUACUUAACAAUAUUAAAGUUCCGUUUGAAACUAACCAAUGAAAGUAACUACUUUAAUAAUGCAAAAAUAUUAAUUUUUAACAGAAAACAAUUAGUGGUGCUUCUUAAAAGUGUUACAGUUUUCUGUUACGCUUAACAUGCGCAUUUACGAAGAAGAAGAGUCUGUAAAGUGCUUGUCCCCCGUGCAGUUCGUGGAAUUUUAGAGCGCUGCGUGAAAAAAAGAAAAA